AUGAAAUAUUAUGACGUUACUAUUGAAGUUGGUGAAGACCCUAACAUAAUGACGUAUGUAGUACAUAUGGUAGACCAUAGGUAUAUUUAUGGUGGUAUUCUUCCAUUAAAUGAACAUGAUACUUUAGAGAUUCUUAAACUAUUAUUGGCUGCGAAUGAGCUGCUUCUUCAAGAAUUAGUUAAUUAUUUACAAAAAUAUUUAAUUGAAAAUAAAGCCGAAUGGAUGGAACAAUAUUUUGAACUUAUUCAUUGA